CAGAAUCUCAUACGAAGAACAGUUAUUUAAUCACUGUUUGUAAGGACACACAGUAAAUGUAAUACAGGCCAUCGAGUGCUGUGUGUUGUGCAAACUCCGUCACUGAUGACUAGAGAGGUGCAGGCAGGUUGAGCACCCAUGGGUUUUGGCAGGACGCUCACCUUCCAUGCCUAAGGCUGUGCGUUCAAGCCAAGCGUGGGACUAUGCCUUUGUUUGUGUUCAAGAGUUAAGUGCUCAUUACUUUCAGAGUCUAAUUUUUAUUUAUUUUUUCCUGUGAAGAUGAGUGCGUUCCAGGCCCAGGAGGCACAGGACUCCACAGAGACUGAAUCCCACACAACUGUCCUGCGUGAUCUCAAGAAAACCUUCCAGAAUCUAACCUGUGAGCUGCAACAACUGCACAUGCAGAUGUCUGUCCUAGACCAAAACAAUAUGGAGAUGACAACCAGGUAUAGCCAGUAUCUCCAUCAGUAUCAGAUGAGGGUGAACUGCCUGGAAGAUGAGCUUCGAAGACUACGCUCAAACAUCGACCAGCAGGGGGCACUAUACCAGCAGCUGCUUGACAUCAAGACUCACCUUGAACUGGAGAUCACGCAAUAUAAGAAGGCUCUGGAUGGAGAGGGCAUCAGCGAAAGUGCUUCCACCUCAAAUAUGGCUGUCACCUCCAACCAUGCCUCCUGCAUCGAUACUGGUUUUAAAACCAGUAUAACAACCCACAGUGCUUUAACAAAUGGCACACAUGACCACAAACAGACUAUAAGUUCAGCUGUUUCCUCCAGUGUUGAGGAAUGGACUGGAAAGACAAGAAGAGAUCAAAGCCGCUUCCUGGGUGAAGGGUCAACUGGCACUUUGGUGGUGCAAGAACAGAUCAUUGUUUCAAAACAGAACAGACCGGUCGCCAGUGAGAGGCAACAGCUGGGCCGUACCGAGAGUACCUCUAGUGUCCGAGGAGCUAGCAGUAAUGCUAUAAAGGAUAGCACAGCAAAAACCACGUCUCAGACCAGUCAUGUUCAUAGCACGCAUACUGUCAGCCAACCGGCCCCACAGAAGUACUUACUGAACGUAGUUGGUGAGACUGUAAAUCUGAGAGGUGAAAGUCAGGCUAGCGCAGAAUUGCAGGUUUCUACAAGCUUGUCAGACCAAAUUCAUGGAAAAGAAGCAAAAGAUGCAGCUCAAAGCACUCAUACCACAAAGACAGUAGAGAUUAAGAGAACUGCUGAUACAGCUGAAGCUAGUCUUCAGGGAAGAGCAGUUGAAGUUAAGGCAACAUCAGAGGUACUUCAAACAAACAUGGCUGCUACUGGAACUCAGGUUGCUAACACAGGAAUCAACACUGCACAAAGGCUAGUAAAGACUAGCAUUUUUGAAAAGGUCAUGGCGUGGAAUGCUCCCCAAGAUUUGGUGGAGAUGAACACUGAGGAAAGUGAAGUUGAGAUAUCAGCCCCUGAAGGCACUAUUGAGGUUAAGACUACUAGAUGUGUAGUUGGAACAAGUGCAAUGGAAAGUCUUCUGAACACUGGCAUUGCAACUGGUGCUGUUGAAGCCCAAAUUGCCCACGGUGUAGUUGAGAUAUCAGCUCCUGACAGCAAUGUUGAGGUUAAGACUUCUAGAACUGUAGUUGGUACUAGUGCUCUGGAAAGUCUUCUGGAUUCUGGCACUGCUACUGGUGUUAUUGAGUCUAAUGUUGGUCAAGGUUUGGUUGAAGUAUCAGCCCCUGAAGGCACUAUUGAGGUUAAGACCACGAGAAGUGUAGUUGGAACAAGUGCAAUGGAAAGUCUUCUGAAUACUGGCAUUGCAACUGGUGUUAUUGAGUCUAAUGUUGGCCAAGGUUUGGUUGAAGUAUCAGCCCCUGAAGGUACUAUUGAGGUUAAGACUACUAAAACUGUAGUUGGUACUAGUGCUAUGGAAAGUCUUCUGAAUACUGGCAUUGCAACUGGUGUUAUUGAGUCUAAUGUUGGCCAAGGUUUGGUUGAAGUAUCAGCCCCUGAAGGUACUAUUGAGGUUAAGACUACUAAAACUGUAGUUGGUACUAGUGCUAUGGAAAGUCUUCUGAAUUCUGGCAUUGCUACUGGUGUUAUUGAGUCUAAUGUUGGUCAAGGUUUGGUUGAAGUAUCAGCCCCUGAAGGCACUAUUGAGGUUAAGACCACAAGAAGUGUAGUUGGAACAAGUGCAAUGGAAAGUCUUCUGAAUACUGGCAUUGCAACUGGUGUUAUUGAGUCUAAUGUUGGCCAAGGUUUGGUUGAAGUAUCAGCCCCUGAAGGUACUAUUGAGGUUAAGACUACUAAAACUGUAGUUGGUACUAGUGCUAUGGAAAGUCUUCUGAAUUCUGGCAUUGCUACUGGUGUUAUUGAGUCUAAUGUUGGUCAAGGUUUGGUUGAAGUAUCAGCCCCUGAAGGUACUAUUGAGGUUAAGACUACUAAAACUGUAGUUGGUACUAGUGCUAUGGAAAGUCUUCUGAAUUCUGGCAUUGCUACUGGUGUUAUUGAGUCUAAUGUUGGUCAAGGUUUGGUUGAAGUAUCAGCCCCUGAAGGCACUAUUGAGGUUAAGACCACAAGAAGUGUAGUUGGAACAAGUGCAAUGGAAAGUCUUCUGAAUACUGGCAUUGCAACUGGUGCUGUUGAAGCCCAAAUUGCCCACGGUGUAGUUGAGAUAUCAGCUCCUGACAGCAAUGUUGAGGUUAAGACUACUAAAACUGUAGUUGGAACUUGUGCUAUGGAAAGUCUUCUGAAUACUGGCAUUGCAACUGGUGCGGUUGAAUCUGACAUUGACCACGGUGUAGUUGAGAUAUCUGCUCCUGAGGAUAAAACCACUAGAAUUGUAGUUGGUUCUAGUGCUAUCGAAAGUCUUCUGAAUACCAGUAGCACUACUUGUGCUGUUGAGACUGAAAUUGUUCAAUGUAUGGCUCAGACACCAGCUCCUCAAAGCAUUGCUGAGACAACCAGCAUUGAAAGUAUUGAAACUAAUGAAAGUGUCCCUACAGGUAUAAAGAGUGCAGUUGAGACCAGCACUACCAGUAGCCUACAAACUUCUCCUCCAUUGGGUGCCAUUGAGACAAACAUUGUUCAAGGUGUCACUGAGACACAAGCUCCUCAAGAUGUAGUUGAGAUUAAGACCAGAGCAAGCGCUACAGAGUCUACUUGCCCUGUUGAGAAUAUGGUUGAGAACAACAUGGUCCAGAAUGUUGUUAUGACAUCUGUUGUUUCUGAAGGCACAGUCGGUAUAAAGACCAGCAUUUCUGAAGGUGUGGUAGAGUCAGCUAAAGCUCAGAGUGUAGCUGAGAUGACCGCUCCUGGAAGCACAGCGGAGAUUAAGACAAGUGAAAAGAUUGUUGAGACUACAGGGGCUGAAUAUGUUGCAACAGUUCAGACAGUAGAGAAGAUUGUGCCAGAGAGCAUAGCUGAGAUUAAGACCACUGGAGGAGUAGAUGAGUCUAGCACUACAGACACUCUACUGGAUACCAGUUUUGGUGACGUGGUGGUCGAAACCCGUCUGCUCGAGAGUAUAGCUGAGAUUAUUGUCCCUGACUCAACUAUUGUUGAGUUGAAUACCACUCAAAGUGCCAGUGCUAUAGCUACUGCUAACAGUGCUGUGGAUGUGCGCGAUAUCAGCAGUAGAGACAUUCUGUUGUCCAAUGGAACACAGAACAAAUUUGAGCUCGACACAACACAACAAGACUCUCAAACCACCAGCAUCCUCCAAACAGGAACUGCUGAUCUGAGUCAGUCAGCUUUGUCGGGACAUGUGAGCCUGUCCACCGGUAAUGUAGGGAUUGAGGGGUUAACCUUGGAUGACUUGGCACGCAAUGCUGGUAGAAGCAAUGCAGUUGUGAUUGGCAGCUCCCCGCGUGAGGCCAGGAUCAGUCAGGCACGAAAGAUGACCAGCCCAGAGGGAAGAGUCGAGAUCCUGAGCACCAGCCCAGGUAGUGACCAGAGAAGGACUCGCCAAAGAAGCAUUAGCCCAAAGGUUGGCAUCACAGGUAGGCCAGGUAGUCCCCAGAGAAUGAUUCACCAAAGAAGCAUUAGCCCAAAGGGUGGCAACACAGGAACAGGUAGUGACCAGAGAAUGACUCGCCAAAGAAGCAUUAGCCCAAAGGGUGGCUACACAGGAACAGGUAGUACAAUGAUGGCUAGCCCGAGUGACCCGAACAGCAGUCCUGGCAGAAUUGUACAUAACAGUAUGGGGUCUCAGAGGAGGAGGCUGAGCAGCACAGGUAGUUUGGGGUCGGACAUAGGGACAGGCGGUACGGGGAUGGUCAACAUCAACAGUCCCACCAAGCCAGCGGUGGUCAAUAGUGCAGGCAGUGGCGUCUGGAUCACAAGUUCCGACAACACGGAAAACCGAUACACCAUUAGCACCAGAAGCAGGGGCAGCGGGGAUAAGAUCAGCAUCUAUGGGAGCGGAAUGAGCACCGGCAGGAUCAGCACCACAGGAAGCGGAAACAGAAUCAGCAGCGCAGGAAGUGGUGGGAGAAUCAGUAGUGCAGGAAGUGGGAAUAGAAUCAGCAGUGCAGGAAGUGGAAAUAGAAUCAGCAGCGCAGGCAGUGGAAAUAGGAUCAGCAGCGCAGGAAGUGGUGGGAGAAUCAGCAGCGCAGGAAGUGGUGGGAGAAUCAGCAGUGCAGGAAGUGGAAAUAGAAUCAGCAGCGCAGGAAGUGGAAGUAGAAUCAGCAGUGCAGGAAGUGGCGGCAGGAUCAGCAGUGCUGGUACUGGAAACACCAGAAUCAGCAGUGCCGCACCCAUGGGCAGCUCUGCCAAUAGGAUGGUCAUCCGUAGCACCGGCAGCUCAGGCGGGGGAAACAACAGAGAGCGAAUCAGCGUCUGCAAGAUGGCCGCCCUCUCCAAAGCUGCUGCAGUGAAGGAGAAAUCCCAGGAGAUCCAGGGUCUACAGCAGAUGAGGUCUGGGACACAGGGUGCAGUUGAUCCAGAGGAGGAGUUUACUAACUAA